CAGCGGGCCCACGCCGUCCGUCGCCGCCAAGAAACCGCAAAUCAGCGCCGUGGAACGAACGCUCGACAAUUUCUUCGGCAAGACAGACAAGCUGCUAGCCAAGUUUGAUAAAACUUUGACCGAAAAAUUGCUCGACCCGUCACUCACGUCUCAGAACGCGGCGGCGCCAACGCCGGCGCCGGUGGCUAGUGUGCCGGCGCAGCCGAGCAUCCCAGAGCGGGGUCUGUUCACUCAGCUGCAGACCAGCCUUAAGGGGAAGGUGUCGGAGGGUCUGGGCGGUCUGCUCCCGCCGCAGCAGUCGGCACCGCUCCACGGCCUGCACGCCGAUGUGAACCACUCGAUCCAGCAGUCGGCGCAGGCGCUGAGAGCAGCCGAGGGCCGGGCCAGCCCCGCUUUCAGCCGCGCUCAAGUACAAACGGCCGCGCCCACCACUGCCACCGCACUCACAUUGUCCGAUGUCGUCAUGUCUUCCGCGCCGAUGGCGGCCGCUCCCUCUAGCCAGCUCAAUGAGCAGCAGCAGCAACAGAUAUUGCAGCAGCAGCAGCAGCUCUUGGAACAGCAGCAGCAGAUUGCCCACCUGCAGAGGCUGCAGCAGGAACGGGAGCGGGAACUCGUGCUCAGGGCCGAACAGCAAAAGGAGGAGUAUCAAAAGCAACUACAGCUGACGCAGGAGCGGACAAGGGCCUCGCUGGCGCAGGUGUCCUCUGCCCAGCAGCUGGCGACCAGCCCGUCGUCGAGCUUGCCAAAGUCCAAGAUCUACGUGCCGACGCCGCUGGUCGCCGCCGCCGCUGGCAAGGUGCAGCACACAGCGACGGAGCUGCUAUCGUUCCUGAAGCCGUCGGCGGCAGCUGGCGCGGCUACCUCCAGCAGCGUGCCGGCCGCCUCUGCCGCUCCUCCUGCGAACGCCAACGGCCAGCCCCCGGCAGUCGCCGUCGUCGUCGGCAGCGACGCCAGUGGUACGACAUCACCUCCAAAGGCGGAGCCGGGCCGCGACACCGAUUACGAAAACAGGGUAACGCGCCGCAAACGCUUCCUACAGUCGCUGGCGUCGCUGGGCGUCGACAACGACUCGCCUCCGAGUCCGGGCGAGUCGCCGCUGCUGGCGCUCGAGUCGUGCUCGGACCGGCUCGCCACGCCCUCGCCGAUGAGCAGCGUCGGGCGCAUCGACGACGACGCGCUCCCGUGCGAGCGGCCCAGCUCGGCGCCAGAGAUCAAAGCGCGCUCUCAGUUCUCCAACCGGUUCGGCGUGCACAUCCCGGCCGGCUUCCUGGACCUGGCCGAGGACGACCUGGACCUGCGGCCGUCUCGCGCGUCGCCCAGCGCGUCGGCCGGCGUCCGAGGCUCGCGCGACGGCGCCACCAUCCUCUCCUCCUCCAUCAAGUCCCCACGCGUGCGCACCUCUCUGCAGGCGUCGAUGAUCCCGCACCCGCCGGCGACGGCGCCCGCGCCGUCGCUCGACUCCCCCGCGCCGCCGCCUGACUCCCCCUCGCCGCCGCCACGCGAUCCGAGCCACGUGAUUCGCUACUGCGACGUCGAGAGCGACGACGAGAGCGACGGCGAGAGCGACGGCGAGUCGUCGGGCCCCAGCUCUGUGGUGAUGGAGCCCAGCGCCGGCGAGGUGUACACCAUCGUCGAGGAGGAGGAGGAGGUGGGCAGUCCCACGGCCGCCGACGGUGUCUCGCGGCGCAGGACGACAGGGGAGCUGUCGCAGCCGGAUGCGCUCGGCGACGCCCGACAGAGGUCUCAGCUGGUCAGCCAGAGGUCCCUGGAGGGCGCGCGCCCGCCGGACGCCUUGGGGCUGACGUCACAGCCCGGUCACGGAGCAAGCGGCAACGCCCACAGCUCCGCCGGCGGGCCUCCGAGCUCGAUGGGCGCCGCGUUCUCGGCGCUGCAGUCCUCGUCUACGGCCGGUCCGCUGGGGGUGGUGAGCUCGGCCAUCUCGGCGCUGCAGCCCUCAUCCACCGGGGGGCCGCUGAGCGCGGUGAGCUCGGCUCUGUCGGCGCUCCAGGGGCAGACCGCGCCGCGCCAAAGCGCUGCAGCACCCAUCGAUACACGGCCGAACCCCACUGGGCCAAACGACAACAUGGUCCACGCACCAAUGAACAACGCCACUGGAAGGCAGAGGUCUAUGCCAGGCCGCGGCUAUCAGGAGGCCGGGGUCAACCCGCCGAUGGCCGGCCAGGCCGGGUAUCCGGGCUCGGCGGCCGGCUACCCAGCGGCGCCCGCCGCGCAGGGCUACCCACCGUCUGCCAGCCAGGGUUACCCGAACGCCAGCCAGGGGUACCCAUCCACCAGUCAGGGCUACCCGGCCACCAGUCAGGGCUACCCAACUGUCGGCCAGGGUUACCCGGCCGCCAGCCAGGGCUACCCUGCUGCGUCAGCCGCCUUCAACCCGCCGACCUCCAGCCUCCCCACUGCCUCUCAGGGGAACGUGCACGCCACACAGGCGUUCCCGGCCACCUCUCAGGGGUACUCGGCCACCUCGCAGGGCUAUCCCGCCGCCUCGCAGGGCUACCCCACCGCCUCGCAAGGCUACCCCACUGCCUCUCAAGACCACCAGGCCAGCUCGCAGAGCUACCCUCCAAACCAGCAGGGCCACCCGAUGGCCGCCGCGGACGGGUUCGCUGCGGCAUCUCAGCCCUUCUCCGGUCCGACUGCCGCGUACCCUGGCGCGGCUCAGGGGUACCCGUACCCCGAGCCGUCUCAGGGCUACCCGGGGCAGACGCCACACGCUGGCUCUGCGUUCGGACCCAGCGCGCCUCUCAACGGACCCACGCACCACCAGCUCGGCAACAGCGGACAGCAGCUCCAGAGGCAGCAGCUGUCGCACGCUCAGCAAAACGAGAAUAUGCUUAACCGAAAUGUUCAGGGCUUUCAAGCGUCGACGGCCGGUCGGCCGCCGCAGCCGCUGGGACCGCAGUUUGCCGCCCAGCAGCCGCAGCAGCUGCAGCUGGGCCCCUACCAGCGGGCCCAGGGCGUGGCCGAUGCGGCGCACAGCAUGGGGUCACCAUACCCGGCCGGCCAGGCGGCGACCAUGGCGGGCCAAGCACUGCCGACCUACCCGCCAGUCACCAUGGCGCCGGGCAUGCUGACGCAGGCGCCGCAGCACAUGAUGAACAGCGCCGGCCGGCCGCCGGCCAGCAGCGCCAGUCAGGGCCCGUCCAUCAGCGGCAUGCUGGCCGACUUCAGCCGCGCGCUCGGACCCGGCCUACGGCCACCCGACCGGCCUGACGCCGAGCAGAUCAUGUACCACCAGCAGAUGGCCGCCCACCAUCAGGCGCAGCACCUCCGCAAGCAGCGGCUGCGGCAGCAGGCCAGCAGCCGGCGGCGC